AUGAAAACAUCUCUUCUGUUCCAGCUGGUAUCAGUCGUCCUCCUCCUGCUGGCCCCCCUGUUGGUCAGCUGCCAGUAUGAGCCGACGGACUGCAGUGUGAUUUAUGAUUAUGACAACAGUCGACCCAGUGGAGUGUACACCAUCUAUCCCAAUGGACCCCAUACUGCUGUCCAGGUGUACUGUGACAUGGAUUCAGAAGGAGGAGGGUGGACGGUGUUCCAGAGGAGGAUGGACGGCACGGUGAACUUCUACAGGGGCUGGAAUCAAUAUUAUGGCUUCUUUGGUAACCCUGCUGGAGAGUACUGGCUCGGUCUCCUGUCUCUCAUGUUCUUGACUAACGUAAGAAAGUCUGAGCUGCUGGUCGACAUGGAGGACUUCGAAGGAAACAAAGCGUUCGCUCGUUACUCCUCAUUCUCCAUUGACAAUCCAAACUUGAACUACAAACUACAUGUUUCUGGAUUCAUUGAUGGAGGAGCAGGAGACUCCCUGAGUUAUCACAGCGGAAUGAUGUUCUCCACCUUUGACCAAGACUGGGACGGCUGGAAUGGGAAGUGUGCCAAAUUACACCUGGGGGGGUUCUGGUACAGAGACUGUCACAAUACAAAUCCAAACGGUGUUUAUCGUCGGGGGGCUGACAACACUCUCGAUGCUGUAGGAGUGGAAUGGGCCACUUGGAAAGGUCGUAACUACUCCCUGAAGGCCAUCAGCAUGAAGAUCCGUCCUGUGCAGUAGUUCUCCAGGACCAACGUACAGCAGAAUAUCAGCUCAUCUCUUCUGAUUUCUUUAUCUUUCUCUCAUUAAGCAUUUAAUCUCACAACA